AUGCAGCUGACGUGGCUGGCCUGCGCGAGGCUGGAACGUUGCCGCCUGUCUUUCGAACCUUCGGCCCUGAUGCGGCAAGGUACGCCAGCCCUCCGCAUGUGCAUCCAACGAGUGGACCCGACGUGCUCCGCAGAGUCCAGCGUGUCGUGCUCUCCAGCGGAGGCCGGGGUCGGCUUCUGCGAAGCCCCGCCGCCGGCUGCGAAAGCGGCGGAGCCCGAGUCCGCCUGGCCGGCCCGUGGGCGGCGGGCUGCGCCGACGGCCUUUGCGAAGAAGGAGGCCAACGUCACCACCUGCGCCGAGGGCUUCCGCUGCGUCUCCCGCGUCCGCCGCUUCGGCUACGACCACGCUAUCGAAGUGGACGCCAGCAAGGCGGCGGAGGUCGAGGAUCCCAGGAUGGAGGACUACGAAUGGGAUUGUCCAGUGAAUGGAAAGUGGAUGCGAUACUCGUACGAGACGGGGACUGACCCAGGCACCUGCCGCGCCGAGAACGACUGCCUGUGCAUCGCGUCUGCCUCGAGUAGCAGCAAGUCCACGCUGGUCGACGGCCAGGAGAAGAUCGUCGGGAACUUUAAGGUGCAGGUCGGGCCCGCGAAGGACCACGAGUUCAAGGACGCCACGCUCACCGUGAUACCUCACUACAAACUCCGCCGGGUCCCGAACAUGUUCGACCACGACGACCCCCAUUCCGACUUCGGCAAGAUCUUUGUCAUCCCGCGUUCGUUCUGGCUGAACGAGUCGAAGGAGACGUCCUGGAAGGUUCAGAGGGCGCUGGACGAGCUGCGCGUGUGGCUGCACAACAGGUACGUUGAUAAGGUCCAAGGCAAAGAGAACGUGCAGUGCAACGACACUCAGUUCUUGUCCAAGCCGGAGCAGCAGCAGGCGUCGGCGAAGAUCAGGAGGUUCCUGAUGAUGCAGAAGGAGUGCGAGCAGCUGAGGGAGACGAUGGGCAAGCUGUCGCCGCGCCUGUCGGACGAGCAGUUCGUUGCCGAGCAGGGGAAGCGGCUGGGGCAGCAGGCGCUCAACUGCUUCACCGUGGAGAAGGACUCUCGGACCUGCCAGCAGCUGAACUGCUACACUGGGCCCGACGACACGCCCUUCCAGCAGGAGGUUCUGAAGCUGAAGGAGAAGGUGGACAGCUGCUCGCCCGAGCAAGACGUCCGGCUUGAGGACGCCGGCCAGCAGGCCGCGGCCGGCGCCAAGGCCGCCGAAGGAGCCGCCGCGCCCGGCGGCGAGGCAGCCGGCGCGCAGCCCCCGAGCGCCACGCCGGCGCCCGCCGCCGCUCCGAGCGCGCCCGCGCCCGGCGCGCCCCCGGGCGCCGCCUCGGCCGAGGUCGGCGCGCCUGGCGCGGCGCCCGGGCCCCUGCUCGGCGUUGCACUGGCGGAGAAGGUAGGGCCGCCCCGUCUUUGCCCCAUGUCCGACAACAUUCUGCUCAGAGCGAGUCCCCCGACCAGGCUCAGGGGGCGGUUCGAGGUUCGAGGUACCUGCCAGGACGUUUCCCUGGAGCGCCCGAACGUACCUGCCAGGGCGGAGGUAACUGACAGAACGAUGCCCGGGAAGUACACUGGCACCGUCUCCAAUUGGAACCACCCGAAGGCGGGCCGGCGCAACUCGGAAGGAUUCGGGUUCGUGAAGGUGGAGAGCGGAGAGGACGUAGGCGAUCUGUUCUUGUACGCCGACAGCAUCAAGGACCCGAAGUUGAGGAGCGAGGCCAAGAUCUACGGUCUGAAGAACCGCACACGGAUUCGGUUCGACAUCGAGGAUCCGCGCGAUUCUGCCGACGCGUGGAGCCACGCGUUCGAGCUGGACGCGGGUGCCACUGUGCUGGCGCUGAAGGAGCAGAUGCUGAGGGGCCGCGGCCAGCAGCAGGACCUGGACUCCUUCGAGCUCCGGCAGAGGGGCCGCCGAGUCCCGGACACGGAGAGCAGAUCCUGCGGGACCACGUGCUCGAGUUCGAGUACCUGGGUGCCGUGGAGGGGAGGACAGGCCACACGGCAAGAGAGGGCCACUCCUGCCCUGGGAAUCUCUCCUCGCGUGCAGCCGAGAGGAGGAGGGCGCUGUUGGAGAGCAGCGGGGGUGCCCAGCUUGAGAGGCAGAGGCAGCAGGAGGAGCUUGCGGCGGAGCGCCGGGCCGCCGGCGCCGGCGCCGGCGCGGAGGCCGGGCCCCCGCGGGUGCAGCCUGCAGAGGGGCCAGGCGGAUCCGCGGAGGACGAGGAGAGUGGCUCACGCCGACCCCCGCGCCCCGGCCUCCGCUGCCGGGGCCCCCGCCGCCCCGCUGGAGGGUGGUCGGCGGGGGCCACGCUGGCGGCAUCCUCGCGAGGGUGGGCAGGGCCACCACCACGGAGAGCAGCUCCCAGAACGACUCGGUCUCGGUGCGGUGGUGGAGGAGGUCGAGGUCGUUGGCGAGCGCCUGCACUACCGGAAGCUCACGGGCGCCGGGCCCGAGGAGGGUUGGGUCAGCCUCUCGCUGUCGGGCCGGGAGCUCCUCGUGAGGCAAGAGUUGUCGGCGGCGGACGCCUUCACACUCGAUAAGGCCCUGUCACUCCAGGAGGAGCUCAUGUGGGGCUUCGCGGCGCCCGAGUUCCAGCGCGAGCUGAGAUCGUUGAUUGCAGAGAGGGCCUCCGUCACGAAGGCCGAGUUAGCCAAGACGAAGGCGGAGCUAUUCCUCAAGAUUCAGGCACCUAUCCUGGUGAAGUAUGGGUUUGAGGGCUCCACUGCUGGACUUUACCAUAUCCACUUGCGUAAUCGGCAGUUCCGGCUUCGACAAGCAUGA